AUGGCAGCCACGGCCAUGGCAGCCACGGCUGACAUAUUCCCUGAAUGCGUGAUUCACAAAAUUCUCUGUUAUCUUAGUUAUGGCGAAGCAUCCACAAUGAGAAUUCUCUCAAAAACAUGGCUUCAAGCUUGGUCGACUCUUCCCAAGUUAGAAUUCUUUGUGGAAUAUUUCGAAGAAACACAAAUAGUGGAUGCAAUUAUGGAGACAUACAGGGAAAACAAAAUCCCAAUUGAUAAGUUUGGAUUUUCACAUAGUUCGAAAUUAAAUCGUCGUGAUCAAGUUUUCCCCCUAAUUGAUAAGUGGCUUGACACUGCUCUUCAGAAUGGGGUAAGAGAUAUAGUCUAUGUAGAUUUUCUCUAUUCAGUUAGGUUAUAUCCUUUUCCUAUUUCUAAUGUCUUGGCAGCAAAUUCUUUAAGAGAAUUGGAUCUGAAAGGUUGUGACAUUGUGCAUUUUUCGCCAUCUACUGGGUUCGCGAAUUGUCAUUCUUUGAGAAAGCUUUCUCUAUCUUAUAUAUUUAUAAGCAAAAAAUUGCUUCAGACUUUACUUAAUAGUUGUCCGUUCAUCGACUCUUUUACCCUUGAUCGUUGUUCGGGGUUGGUAAAGAUUGAGCUUAUGAAUCUUCAAAAGCUCAAGUCAGUUUCCCUAUCAAUAAAUAGAAACCAACGUGUGAGAAUCGAAGCACCAAGCCUUGAACACUUGUUUUACAAUGGUUAUUUAUCGAGAAAUUUGGUUGUUGUUGGAUGUCAUAAUCUGAAAUCUUUAGAGCUAUCAUAUGUGAAGAUAUGUAAUGGAUUUCUCGAUGACAUUAUUUCUGGAUCGCAAUCCCUAGAAGUAUUGAAGAUUCAGUAUUGUUUGGGUAUAAGCCAGAUUGAAACUUCGAAUUUGGUAUCACUUGAGUAUAUAGGAUAUCAAAUUCCUGAACUUAAAAUUGCGAAAGAGUCAAGUCGAUUGAAGCACUCAAAAAUAGUUCUUCAUGGCAACAACAAUUUAGAUGCGGCAUGGUUUAGUAUGUUGAGAAAGCUUCUAUCAAAUCCGAUCUCUUGGUCCCAAGUUCUCCUCUGUUUUCCCGAAUACAAUGAGAUUGAGAUGAGAGAUUUGCAGCAGCAUCAUGGAGUUGCUAGCCCCCGAGUGGACGUUUUAAAUGUCAACAUUAUGAGGUCAUAUGGGGAGUGUUCAACGUUUGUGGAUGCUUUGCUAUGGAGUUGUAAUCCCAGGAGACUCAACCUAUCAUCAACGGUUGAAAUGAUAGCAUGUUUCGUUAGUCGUUUGAUGUAUAUGAAGAAUCUUAGUCCUUGGCAUAGUCAAUUGAAAGAAAUAAAAGUGUUUGAUGGGAAAAAUCAAGAGCUGCAACUCACAAGUGGGGAACUGGCUCCGGAGGACAGGAAGGACGUUUAUUUUUUAUUAGAUUGGUAA